AGCCGGCGCGCGCGCCUAGCUGGCGGGACCGUUAGCUCGAAGCGGACACGGCCCGGGGCCCGCGGGGAUGGAGCAGUUGCCGCCGCCGGCGCUCGAGCCAACCCCGGGGCCGACCCCGGCACGGAGUCGUAGGCGGCGGGAGCCCGAGUCGCCGCCUGCGCCGAUUCCUCUAUUUGGUGCUAAGACUAUUGGCCAGAGAAGUCCUGAUGGUCCUGUGCUGAGCAAAGCUGAAUUUGUUGAGAAAGUUCGUCAGAGUAACCAGGCCUGUCAUGAUGGAGAUUUCCACACAGCUAUUGUUCUGUACAAUGAAGCUCUGGCUGUUGACCCUCAGAACUGCAUCUUAUACAGCAAUAGAUCUGCAGCAUAUAUGAAAAUCCAGCAGUAUGACAAGGCCCUGGACGAUGCAAUCAAAGCUCGACUUCUCAAUCCCAAAUGGCCUAAGGCAUACUUCCGACAGGGUGUUGCCCUCCAGUAUCUCGGACGUCAUGCCGAUGCCCUGGCAGCCUUUGCAUCUGGACUGGCUCAGGACCCCAAGAGCCUCCAGCUUCUGGUGGGGAUGGUGGAAGCUGCCAUGAAGUCUCCCAUGAGAGACUCCCUCGAGCCCACUUAUCAGCAGCUCCAGAAAAUGAAACUGGACAAGAGUCCCUUUGUGGUCGUGUCUGUGGUUGGGCAGGAGCUCCUGACAGCUGGCCAUCACGGGGCCUCUGUGGUUGUCUUAGAAGCUGCUCUGAAGAUUGGCACCUGCAGCCUCAAGCUGAGAGGUUCUGUUUUUUCUGCCCUGAGCAGUGCCUACUGGUCUCUUGGAAACACAGAGAAGAGCACUGGAUACAUGCAGCAGGACUUGGAUGUAGCCAAGACCUUAGGUGACCAGACAGGAGAAUGCCGAGCUCAUGGGAAUCUAGGCUCUGCAUUCUUCUCCAAAGGAAAUUAUCGGGAGGCUCUCACUAACCACAGGCAUCAGUUGGUGCUCGCCAUGAAACUCAAGGAUCGAGAGGCAGCUUCUUCAGCCCUGAGCAGCCUGGGCCACGUGUACACGGCCAUCGGAGACUACCCCAAUGCCCUGGCCAGUCACAAACAGUGUGUUCUUCUCGCCAAGCAGUCCAAAGAUGAGCUUUCUGAAGCCCGAGAACUUGGCAACAUGGGAGCUGUGUAUAUUGCUAUGGGCGACUUUGAGAAUGCUGUGCAGUGUCACGAGCAGCAUCUGAAGAUAGCCAAGGAUCUGGGCAACAAGCGAGAAGAGGCCCGGGCCUACAGCAACCUGGGGAGUGCCUAUCACUACAGGAGGAACUUCGACAAGGCCAUGUCCUACCACAACUACGUGCUGGAGCUGGCACAGGAGCUGAUGGAGAAGGCCAUUGAGAUGCGGGCCUACGCUGGCCUGGGCCAUGCUGCCAGGUGCAUGCAGGAUUUGGAGAGGGCUAAGCAGUACCACGAGCAGCAGCUGGGCAUUGCCGAGGACCUCAAGGACCGGGCUGCAGAAGGACGAGCGUCUUCCAACCUGGGAAUUAUACACCAGAUGAAAGGUGAUUAUGACACUGCACUGAAACUCCACAAGACCCACCUGUGCAUCGCCCAGGAGCUGAGUGACUACGCUGCCCAGGGCCGCGCCUACGGGAACAUGGGCAAUGCCUAUAAUGCUCUGGGCAUGUACGACCAGGCGGUCAAGUACCACCGGCAAGAGCUGCAGAUCUCCAUGGAGGUAAACGACCGCGCCUCCCAGGCAUCCACGCACGGGAACCUUGCUGUGGCCUACCAAGCCCUGGGUGCCCACGACCGGGCCCUGCAGCACUACCAGAACCACCUGAACAUUGCCCGGGAGCUGCGAGACAUCCAGAGUGAGGCCCGGGCCCUCAGCAACCUGGGCAACUUCCACUGCUCUCGGGGGGAGUAUGUCCAAGCUGCCCCCUAUUAUGAACAGUACCUCCGGCUUUCUCCAGACUUGCAAGACAUGGAAGGAGAAGGGAAGGUCUGCCACAACCUCGGCUACGCCCAUUACUGCCUUGGAAAUUACCAGGAGGCGGUGAAGUACUACGAGCAGGAUCUAGCACUGGCCAAAGACCUUCACGACAAAUUGAGCCAAGCGAAAGCUUACUGCAACUUGGGCCUAGCAUUCAAGGCUCUGCUGAACUUCAGCAAAGCUGAAGAGUGUCAAAAAUACCUGCUGUCCCUAGCUCAGUCCCUGAAUAAUUCCCAGGCUAAAUUUCGAGCCCUAGGGAACCUGGGCGAUAUAUUCAUCUGUAAAAAAGAUAUAAAUGGUGCAAUAAAAUUCUACGAGCAGCAGCUGGGCUUAGCUCACCACGUAAAGGACAGAAGACUGGAGGCCAGUGCGUAUGCAGCGCUAGGCACUGCCUACCGAAUGGUCCAGAAGUACGACAAGGCCUUGGGUUAUCACACGCAGGAACUGGAGGUGUAUCAAGAGCUGAGCGACUUGCCGGGAGAGUGCAGAGCUCAUGGGCACCUGGCUGCUGUCUACAUGGCCCUUGGGAAGUACACGAUGGCAUUCAAAUGUUAUGAAGAGCAGUUGGAGCUAGGGCAGAAGCUGAAGGAUCCAAGCCUCGAAGCCCAGGUCUAUGGCAACAUGGGCAUCACGAAGAUGAACAUGAAUGUGAUGGAAGAAGCCAUCGGCUACUUUGAGCAGCAGCUGGCCAUGCUGCAGCAGCUGAGCGGAAACGAGUCUGUGCUCGACAGGGGCCGGGCCUACGGCAACUUGGGGGAUUGCUACGAGGCCCUGGGUGACUAUGAGGAAGCUAUCAAGUACUAUGAACAAUAUUUAUCUGUGGCUCAGAGUCUGAAUCGCAUGCAAGACCAAGCCAAGGCUUACCGGGGCCUAGGAAACGGACACAGGGCGAUGGGGAGCUUGCAGCAAGCCCUGGUGUGCUUUGAAAAGAGGCUCGUGGUCGCCCAUGAGCUUGGGGAGGCCUUUAAUAAAGCCCAGGCCUAUGGAGAACUGGGAAGUCUGCACAGCCAAUUAGGGAAUUGCGAACAAGCCAUCUCCUGCCUUGAACGUCAGCUGAACAUUGCCAGGGAGAUGAAAGACCGAGCCCUGGAGAGUGACGCGGCCUGUGGCCUGGGGGGCGUUUACCAGCAGAUGGGGGAGUAUGACACAGCCCUGCAGUACCACCAGCUGGACCUGCAGAUUGCGGAGGAAACCAACAACCCCACGUGCCAGGGCCGCGCCUACGGGAACCUGGGCCUGACCUACGAAUCUCUGGGCACCUUCGAGAGGGCGGUGGUCUACCAAGAGCAGCACUUGAGCAUCGCUGCCCAGAUGAACGACUUGGUGGCCAAGACGGUGUCGUACAGUAGCCUCGGAAGGACCCAUCAUGCUCUGCAGAACUAUUCCCAGGCGGUCAUGUACUUACAGGAAGGUUUGAGGUUAGCUGAGCAACUGGGACGAAGAGAGGAUGAAGCCAAAAUUCGCCACGGUCUCGGCCUCUCCCUUUGGGCUAGUGGGAACCUGGAGGAGGCUCAGCACCAGCUCUACAGGGCGUCAGCCUUGUUCGAGACCAUUCGACACGAGGCACAGCUGAGCACGGACUACAAGCUCUCGCUCUUCGACCUGCAGACGUCGUCCUACCAGGCCCUGCAGCGGGUGCUCGUCAGUCUGGGUCAUCAUGAUGAAGCCCUGGCGGUAGCAGAAAGAGGACGUACCAGGGCAUUUGCAGAUCUUCUGGUAGAACGACAAACAGGACAACAGGACUCUGACCCCUACUCUCCAGUCACCAUUGACCAGAUCUUAGAGAUGGUGAAUGGCCAGAGAGGAUUAGUGCUUUACUACUCCCUGGCCGCAGGCUACCUGUAUAGCUGGCUGCUUGCUCCUGGGGCAGGAAUUCUGAAGUUUCACGAACACUACCUGGGUGACAGCACGAUGGAAAGUGCCGGGGACUUCCAGGCCGGUGGCAGUGCAGCUCUCCCAGCAGCCACCAGCUCGGCCCUGGAGCAGCACAUCGCCAGCGUGCGGGAAGCGCUGGGGGUGGAGUCCUACUACUCCAGGGCCUGUGCCAGCAGCGAGACAGAGAGCGAAGCCGGAGACAUCAUGGACCAGCAGUGCGAAGAGAUGAACAACAAGCUCAACUCAGUGACCGACCCCACGGGCUUCCUUCGGAUGGUGCGCCGCAACAACCUCUUCAACAGGAGCUGCCAGAGCAUGACGAGCUUGGUGAGCAGCACCACGUCGCCUACCAAGGACGGGACCUCCUCUCUCCCCCGGAGGCCGAGCUCCUUCGCACGGCCCCCGCUCCGCGCCCUGUACGACCUGCUCAUCGCGCCCAUGGAAGGGGGCCUGAUGCACUCCAGCGGCCCCGUGGGCCGGCACCGGCAGCUGGUCCUGGUUCUGGAGGGGGAGCUCUACCUCAUCCCUUUCGCCCUCCUGAAAGGAAGCUCCUCCAACGAGUACCUGUACGAGCGCUUCGCCCUCAUCGCCGUCCCUUCCAUCCGCGCCCUCGGCCCGCAGUCCAAGUGUCACCUGAGGAAGACCCCGCCCACCUACUCCAGUUCCACAUCCAUGGCGGCUGUCAUCGGCAACCCGAAACUCCCGUCAGCAGUGAUGGACAGGUGGCUGUGGGGGCCAAUGCCGUCAGCCGAGGAGGAAGCCUACAUGGUGUCGGAACUGCUGGGCUGCCAGCCACUGGUGGGCAGUGUAGCCACCAAAGAGCGGGUCAUGAGUGCCCUGACCCAGGCUGAGUGUGUCCACUUCGCCACCCACAUCUCUUGGAAACUGUCGGCCUUGGUCCUCACGCCCAGCAUGGACGGCAACCCCGCCAGCAGCAAGAGCUCCUUCGGCCACCCCUACACGAUCCCCGAGUCCCUGCGGGUGCAGGAUGAUGCCAGUGACGGGGAGAGCAUUUCGGACUGCCCGCCCCUGCAGGAGCUGCUGCUCACGGCCGCCGACGUCCUGGACCUGCGGCUCCCCGUGAAGCUGGUGGUCCUCGGCUCCUCUCAGGAGUCCAACAGCAAAGUCACGGCUGACGGGGUCAUCGCGCUGACUCGUGCCUUCCUGGCUGCCGGUGCACAGUGUGUCCUGGUGUCUCUGUGGCCUGUGCCUGUGGCUGCUUCCAAAAUGUUUCUUCACGCCUUCUACUCGUCCCUGCUAAACAGCCUGAAAGCCAGCGCUGCCCUGGCGGAGGCCAUGAAGGUGGUGCAGAGCAGCAAGGCCUUCGCACACCCCUCCAACUGGGCAGGGUUCAUGCUCAUUGGGAGUGACGUGAAGCUGAACAGCCCCUCCUCGCUCAUCGGCCAGGCCCUCACUGAGAUCCUGCAGCACCCGGAGCGUGCACGGGACGCCUUGCGAGUGCUGCUGCACCUGGUGGAGAAGUCCCUGCAGCGCAUUCAGAACGGGCAGCGCAAUGCCAUGUACACGUCCCAGCAGAGUGUGGAGAACAAAGUCGGCGGCAUCCCUGGCUGGCAGGCCCUCCUCACUGCCGUGGGCUUCCGGCUGGACCCCCCAGCCAGUGGCCUGCCGGCAGCAGUCUUCUUCCCAACUUCCGACCCUGGCGACCGGCUCCAGCAGUGCAGCAGCACCAUCCAGUCGCUGCUGGGUCUCCCCACCCCUGCCCUCCAAGCCCUCUGCAAGCUCAUCACUGCCUCGGAGACAGGCGAGCAGCUCAUCAGCCGGGCUGUUAAAAAUAUGGUUGGAAUGCUCCACCAGGUGCUGGUCCAGCUGCAGGCCUGCGAGAAGGAGCAGGACUUCGCCUCGGCUCCCAUCCAAGUCUCCAUCAGCGUCCAGCUGUGGCGGCUCCCAGGAUGUCACGAAUUCUUGGCGGCUCUAGGUUUUGAUCUCUGUGAAGUUGGUCAGGAGGAGGUAAUCCUGAAAACCGGGAAACAAGCCAAUCGAAGAACCAUGCACUUUGCACUCCAGUCCCUGCUUGCCCUUUUUGAUUCUACUGAACUGCCCAAGCGCCUCAGCCUUGACAGCUCGUCUUCCCUGGAGUCCCUGGCCUCGGCCCAGUCUGUCUCCAACGCCUUGCCCUUGGGCUACCAGCACCCCCCCUUCUCUCCCACUGGUGCAGACAGUAUCGCCUCGGACGCCAUCUCUGUGUACAGUCUGAGCUCCAUCGCCUCCUCAAUGAGCUUUGUCUCGAAGCCCGAGGGUGGGUCAGAAGGUGGGGGCCCCCGAGGACGGCAGGACUAUGACAGGUCCAAGAAUGCUUACCCACAGCGGUCCACCCUGCCUCGGAGCCAGCUGUCCCCCCAGACUCGCCCCGCAGGCAGCAAAGAUGAAGAAGAAUAUGAAGGGUUUUCCAUCAUCAGCACUGAGCCUUUGGCAACCUACCAAGAAAACAGAAAGACACACUUCUCCCCAGAUCACAAACAGCCCCGAGGAGGGACAGCUGGAGGUGUGAAAGUUUCAAUGAGCUCCAAGGGGAGCAUAAGCACUCCAAAUUCUCCAGUUAAAAUGACUCUGAUUCCCAGCCCAAACUCACCCUUCCAGAAGGUUGGAAAACUAGCAAGUUCAGAUACGGGAGAAUCAGACCAGUCUAGCACAGAAACAGACAGUACCGUGAAAUCCCAAGAAGAAAGCAACCCAAAGCUUGAUCCACAAGAGUUGGCCCAGAAGAUCCUAGAAGAGACACAAAGUCAUCUGAUUGCAGUGGAGCGUCUUCAGAGGGGUGGCGGUCAGACCAGCAAGAGUAAUAACCCGGAAGAUGGCAUUUCCAUGCCAAAUAACGCUUCCGUCUUCAGAGCGUCAGAAACCAGUGCGUUUAGCAGGCCUAGCCUCUCGCAUCAGAAGAGCCAGCCAUCACCAAUUACUGUUAAACCAAAGCCCCCAGCCAGAAGCUCAUCCCUGCCCAAGGUGAGUUCAGGAUACAGCAGCCCCGCCCCCUCAGAGGCGUCCAUCAAAGACAGCCCGAGCCAGCACAGUGGCCGGCCAUCACCUGGCUCUGACUCCCAGACUUCCCUGACCGACCAACCUCUCUUUAAACUGAAGUAUCCCAGCUCUCCUUACAGUGCCCACAUCUCCAAAUCACCAAGGAACAUGUCCCCAAGCUCAGGCCAUCAAUCUCCUGCUGGUAGUGCACCAUCCCCAGCUCUUUCCUAUUCCUCAGCUGGUUCCGCUCGCUCCAGUCCAGCUGAUGCUCCCGACAUAGACAAACUGAAAAUGGCAGCCAUCGAUGAAAAGGUGCAGGCCGUCCACAACCUGAAGAUGUUCUGGCAGAGUGCGCCCCAACACUCCACAGGGCCGAUGAGAAUAUUCCGGGGGAGCCCUGGAACGAUGGCUUCCAGAAGAGAUGUCCUCAGUCUAUUAAACCUGUCACCUCGGCACAACAAGAAGGAGGAAGGAGUAGACAAGCUUGAACUGAAGGAACUGUCUCUGCAACAACGCGGAGAAACACCACAAAAAGGCCCUCCCAACGGGCACUGGCGCAGCGAGACCACCACGCUGAGCAUGCUGCCGACGCCCACCGGUCCCCCUGCUGCAGCUCCCACUCGCCCUCUGAGACUUCCUUCUGGAAAUGGCUACAAGUUUCUGUCCCCAGGAAGAUUUUUUCCUUCCUCCAAAUGUUAAAGCAUCUUUUGUGCCCAGUGACACAGAGUGCAGCAGCCUGCAGAGAGGAUCUCAUCAUUCACUUGGCCUGCUCCCCUGUCUGAGUGCAGUGCCCCCGUGAAGCCACCAGCCACCUGACAGAGGCUGCGCUCUCCAGGUGAGAGGCACCACCACGCCUGCCUGGACGCUGCAGACACACACACACACACGCGCGCGCGCGCGCGCGCGUGCGCACGGCUGGUGGCUCCUCUGGGACUCCGGGUCAGAUUCACCGAAAGCCAGGACUGCUGUGGGGUUGGUACAGGAGGCUCGUGGAAUUUUCUACACACUUCACCAAAUGUUUACCUUUAAACUCUCUGCUUCUCAUCUUUGACAUGAUUAUUCAACAGGAUUUUUGUAUAAAAAUGGUCAUGGUUCAUUCCGGGUUGGGGAGAGGUGAGGGAGUGCAUAUUUUGCUAAGAGGUAUAUAUGCAGUACCUUUUAUACACAGAAAUGCAAAUAGAGCUUUUUCUAGGCUUUCAGGUGCUGAUUGGGGUGGGAUAUAUAAAAUAUCUCUAACUUGAAUUCUACAUGAAAACAUUUUAUUAGCCAAAAACAGAAUAAUGGUUUUAAAAAAUGCCAAUGAUUUGUAAUUGUAGAAAUUUUGGUCUCAUGAUAUUGUAACAUCACAGUAACAAUGCAAUAAUUCACAUCAACACAGCACUUCCAUCCUGAACUCUGCUUCAUCAAGUCUACAAAUGUCCUUGGGGCCCACUGUCAACCAAACUUGAAUUUUCUUAAAACAUUUAUGUGACUCUUAUCCAGGCAUUUUAGAACUAUGCAAUUGUGAUUUAAAAUGCAACUUUGUGCUUUUAAAACAUUAAUGACCUUUUUUGUACACGGAUAAACAACUUGGUUUUAUUAUCAAUAGUACUUUGCAUUUAUAGCUAUUAUUUUUAAAAGCUCAAAAAGUUUUUUAAAAUGGCAAAUUUUGAAUAGGCAUCAGUAAGUAAUUAUCAAGCUUAAGGGUGGACAGACUGAAAUUAUUGUUUCCUUAUAAGCCAAAAAAAAAAAAAAUCCUCUGGCUACCUGGAUUUAACCAGAAUGUCGCCUUCCAGCUCCUAUUCACCUUAUUAGCUGCUCAGUUCUAUUCUCUUUUCCCAUCUCCAGGCCUUUAAAACCGCUUCUGUUUGAAAUCUGUUGCCAGGUUCCCACAACCCCCCAGCACCCCAUGUUUGUGAGCUGCACAGCGACCCUCAUCUUAGCUGUGACCAGGGUCCCUUGCUGCAGCGUCUGAAGGACAAGGCCCCCGCCCCCCCCACGGAAGGCUUUAACGUCCACAGCCUGCGAAGCGGGGCCUUUGUUGGGAUUCACAUCCAAAUGUCACUGAAAAGGGAAACAGACCCCUGAAAGUGCCAUCAGAACAAACCAAGGUGGGCUUCCUGACAGCUGUGGCAGUGCACUGGAGUGCUGAGCUGGGAGGAGACAGAAGAAUAGUCCAGGGAGGCGUAACCAUGAACAUACUCAAGUGAAAUGCUAAAAAUCACAUUAGUGCUAAGUUUAGUUAGAGAAUUGAGAAGCCUCUCUUAGGUAAUUCUAAAAUUAAAAGCCUACCAUCCUCACUGUGAGGGUAUGUGUGUAACACACACGGGUGGGCUUGGCCCAGGACACCUGCAGCCCACGGAGUGGACACGAGGGGCCUGGCAGGAAGGACACUAACAUCAAGGUCCCCAGGUCGGGUUUUUAACCUUGGGUAGGAUCUCACUUUAUAAACCGACCACAUGCCCCAUUCCUCAGUGUACUCUGAGUCUUUAUUCAACUGUUUCUCUUCUCUGCUCUGUCGUAGAGGUUUCUGCACUUAACCCAACAGCCAUGCUGACAAAAGCAAACUAGAAGGAUGUCCCAUUCUAACCCUGACCCGGCACUGGAAGAGAAAUACUUUAUAAAGAUGCAAGCAAUUAUAAGGUGGUCUUUAUGUUUGUUAGUAGGGAAAGAAUAAAUGGUAAUAAAAGUACUAGUGUAGUAAAUAAAAGCCAAGUUUAUAGCACUGUGCAUUAGAUAGCAAAAUCAGGUCCUCAAUAAGGAAACUAAACCUCAAAGUAAAUUUCUGAAUCCUUAUGCAGAUAGUUGGGCUGUUCCUUUCUCAGCAAAUCUCAGCCUCUUUCCCAAGUGCCAAGGAGCCCUGGAGGAAAGGCCCGGGAUCUGUGCUCCACCCAUAGGGGUGAGGGUGCUGCCCCGUUGGCCCACCUCUAGCACGCCCUCCACCCCCAGACCGCUUCCCAUGGUUAUGGAGCCAGCUAGGAGGACUCAUGGACCCUAACCUGGUUUUAGCCCUACGUACAUUGCUGUUCUACAUUUUCAUUGUUGAAAAGCCAAAUGGUAUGUGUUUUUCUUCCGUUGUUGUUCUAGCUGUAAGCUUCAAUGAAGGAAAGCUAAGAUGAUGAAAUAAUAGGACCAAACUAAAAAUCACUGUAGAGUCGUGGCUUCUCUAUGUUUACUGUCAGUCUUGGUGUUUUCUCUAUGAGUGAAAUGGAUGUGAAAUGAGAGUGAAUUUUUCAGGCUUCACUGAAAAAGUAUGCACUUAAAAAUUAUGUGAAAUUGUAUAAUUCACAGAUUUCUUUGUACAGAUCAGAAGUUAGCAAACUACAACCCACAGGCUAAAUCAGGUCAGAGGCCUGGAUUUUUACAGUCAUGAGUAGGAAUGGGUUUUACAUCUUUAAAUAGCUACCUAAUUACCUACCGAUAUCCUUGAUUUUGUCUCUUGGCCCACAAAGCCUAAAAUACCUAAAUACCUGGCCUUUUAAGAAAGUUUGCUAAUUCCUGGUAUAGGUAACAAAAAAUACAGUUAGAAUAGUGUGUUGUUUCUACAGUCUAGGGGAAGCGAGUGUCAGGUUGUGGACAAAACGGAUUGAGUGCAGGAGAACCCUAAGCCGCAUGGAUAGAAGCAAACGGCUCCGCAGUCACUGGCUCUCUGUUCCACUUUGGAAGGAGUCAAUGGAUGUGGGUAAACUUUACAAAAAUACUUUUUCUUCUCCAUAUGCAGAUACCUUUGGAUACAAUUUUCCACAGCUCAGAAAACUGAACACCCUGCCCCUAUUGUACUCCAUCACAUGUGAACACAUUAAACACAAGCAAUAAAAUCUCCCUUUCCCAGAAACCUUAGUAUGACCACAAAGCAAGGCAGUAGUAGACUCUGCCUUAAUUCUUAGCAGUGAAUGACUCAACUAUUUCGCCAAUUUUAACUAAGUCAAAAUACCAAGACACAAUUAGCUACUAAAAUUUACAUUAUGAUCCACAUUAGUGUGUGGUAAAAUGAAGAAGUUCUUACCUUCAUCCCCUUGGAAAAAAACCAUGGUUCACACUGACACUUGCUGGGGUCUCAGCAGGAGACCACGUGCUGUACACAUUGUCCCUACCCCGACCUUGUCUGUCCCAGUAACUCUCAGUAGGUGGUCACUGUAGCCAGUCUCCAGUAUGGUGCCUGCCUGUCCCACCACACCCUAACACAAGAACUGUCACUUUGUUAGCUUCAGUUCAGGUUGGAAAAAAUACCAUGCAAUAAUCUGGUUUGCUUUUCAUAAGUAGGCAGAAAGUGAAAAUUGUAUAAUAUUUGAUCACAUAUUUUGUUGUUUUAUCUAAAAUGAUUGUACAUGUGGUUUGUGAACUGGGCCUUGUUUGUGCCAGAUCCUUCAAAGAUGUUCCACGUAAGGACCAUCUGACAUGAGCGGUCACCUGUCCCUCAGACCCUUUCCCCACUUGGCACUCACACCCCUUAUAUGCAGUGUUAGCCAUCUUUGGCCUAUGUGGACAUUUUUGUAAAUUACAGUUUCCAGAUGGCAUUAAACUUUUUAUAUUAUGAAAUUUAUCAUGUAAAAAGAACUUCAUAUUUUUAUUGAGAUUGCUAAGGCACUUGGCCUUCCUUUGUGAUUUCAGUGUCUAUUAAAGCAUGAGUUCCCUCCGUUUUAA